AUUUAUUGUUGGAUUGUACUCCUCACUUUGCCUUAUUUUAACUCUCGUUUGGAUAUUUUUCAUUCGGAAUUUUGGGCAUUCCGGGACGGACCGCUUGACGACUUGCUUGAGGGACUGAAUGAUCGACUGAAGACGACUGUACUCUCUUCCAAAGCAAAUGGGACUUUUAUAGUAUACAACCGAGCUUUCUGCGGAUGGAAUCAGUUUGCAAACGAUAAGUUAAACGGGAAAGCCUUUCUCGCUAGCUCUUUUCAUGUGGUUUUGUAUUUACAACAUCUUCUAGAGGAAACCCACUAAUCUAGCGUCUUCUAGUGGAAACCCACUCCCCUAGCGCGGUCGAUUCUGCUUUCUAUGGCUUAAAACGGGCCUCUGACUUGGCAGGAAUCCCCCUCCCUAACUGAUGACCCAAUUGCUGAAGCCGUGAGUACGGCGCCCAAAAGAGUUCAUGGUACCAGUGUCCUUAGUCGUAAAGAACCUAUUUCGGCCCCUUUUAAUCCACGACAUUAAGAAAUCAGACUUAGAUAUCCCUGUAAAGUUGCGUAAUUUUUCUAUGUAUGUUUUAUCUUUUGCCAGUUUCUUUAGGUUUGACGAUGUGUCUAGAAUUAGAAGAAGUGAUAUUUCCUUUAAAGAAGGCUUCAUGAUUAUUAAGGUUUUGAAAAGCAAGAAUGACCAGCUCCGUAAAGGCGUCGAAGUCGUUAUCUUACAAUCGUCUAGUUCUGUAUGCCCCGUUGAGUUGCUUAAGAGGUGUUUAGUUAUGUUUAAGAUACCCCUAAUUCCAAAGAUUUUAUUUCAAGCCUAUUUCUAAAGGGAAGGGCUCUUGCAAGCUUGUUGCCCCUGAUAAGCCCAUUAGUUACUCCACUAUUAGAGGGGCUUUUCGCUGGGACCUGCAAAGUCUCGGAGUUGAACCGUCCAAGUUGGGUUUGCAUUCUCUAAGAUCCACUAUGAUAGCAAAUAAUGGAGUAAACGACAUA